AGAUUGAGCAGCGGCUGUCAGUGGGCCCACGUGAUGCUGAUGAGCAAAUGGGCGGCAGUGUAAGAUCUGUUGCGCAUCUGAGGUGGUUUGUGCUGUCCGGAGUUCCGUAGCUAGACCCAGAGGAGAGGAAGGAAAGAGGAAGCGGGGCAGGCUGGGAGCAUGGAGCCGCUGUCUGUAUGCGCCUGACUGGAGCGCGCCCGCCCAACUCACCAACAUGGCUACGUCCUCGGAAGAAGUGCUGCUGAUAGUGAAGAAAGUGCGUCAGAAGAAGCAAGAUGGGGCCCUCUACCUAAUGGCGGAAAGGAUCGCCUGGGCCCCCGAGGGCAAGGACCGCUUCACAGUGAGCCACCUGUAUGGAGACAUCAAGUGUCAGAAGAUCAGCCCCGAUGGCAAAGCGAAGGUCCAGCUCCAGCUUGUCCUCCAUGCGGGAGAGUCCACUAACUUCCAUUUCUCCAAUGACAGCACAGCAAUAAAAGAGAGGGACGCCGUGAAAGAGCUGCUGCAGCAGCUUCUGCCCAAGUUCAAGAGGAAGGCCAACAAGGAGCUGGAAGAGAAGAACAGGAUGCUGAAGGAGGAUCCCCUAUUGUUCCAACUCUACAAGGACCUUGUUGUCAGUCAGGUGAUCAGCGCCGAGGAGUUCUGGGCCAAUCGCCUGAGUCUGACCUCGCUGGAGAGCGCAGUGUCUAACAACAAGCAAGACGUGGGGAUCUCGGCUGCCUUCCUGGCGGAUGUUCGUCCCCAAACUGACGGCUGCAAUGGUCUGAGAUACAACCUGACUCCAGAUAUCAUUGAGUCCAUCUUCCGCACAUAUCCUGCAGUAAAGCUCAAGUAUGAUGAGAAUGUUCCCCACAACAUGACGGAGAAGGAGUUCUGGACCCGCUUUUUCCAGUCUCACUACUUCCACAGAGACCGACUUAACACGGGAUCAAAAGACUUGUUUGCGGAAUGCGCCAAGCUGGAUGAGAAAGGUCUGAAAUCCUUGGUGUCUCAAGGGGUGAGAAAUCCAAUGUUAGACUUAUUGUCGCUGGAAGACAAGUGUCUGGAUGAGGGAUACGGUAUUUCCUCGGUGCCGUCCACCUCAAACGCAAAAUCCGUGAAAGAGAACAGCAACGCCGCCAUCAUCAAACGAUUCAACCAUCACAGCGCCAUGGUGCUGGCAGCAGGACUCCGGAAAGAAGAAGCACAAAAUGACCAGAACAGCGAGACGAGUAGCGCAGACGGUAACUCCCGGGACUCCGAUUUCUUUCAGCCCCCUAUAAAGAAGGUGAAGCUGCAGGAAGCCAUAGAUUAUGAAGAUUUGGGGGAAGGUAACGGUAUAAAACCAAUAGCGCUAACUCUCAAGAAAUCCGAUAGGUAUUAUCAUGGUCCAACCCCAGUCCAGUCCCAGCAAUACACAACAAGCCAGGAUAUUAUUAACUCUCUUAAUAGUAUUAAACAACAAAUGGAAAACUAUGUACCAAGACUAACUCAGGUUCUUUCAAGUGGUGCUGCUAGUAUUACAGUCUCUGCGUUGUCCCCCGGGGGAGCGUUGAUGCAGGGGGGAGGCCAGCAAUCCAUAAACCAGAUGGUGCCAAACGACAUCCAGUCUGAGCUGAAACACUUGUACGUGGCUGUGGGUGAAUUGCUUCGCCACUUCUGGUCCUGCUUCCCCGUCAAUACCCCCUUCUUAGAGGAAAAGGUUAUUAAAAUGAGGAAUAACUUAGAAAGGUUCCAAGUUACCAAACUGUGUCCAUUCCAAGAGAAAGUGAAAAAGCAAUACCUGAGCACAAACCUCACAAGUCACUUAGAAGAAAUGCUACAGACGGCCUACAACAAAUUCCAGAUGUGGCAGUCUCGGCGUAUGUUGAAGAAGACGUGAGGCGUCCCCUCCGGCAGUACAGAUGCAUACCUUGCAGUCCGCCAAGGGCAAACCGAUCUAGAUCUUGGCAGAAGUGCGCAGAGCGCAAUGUGCGCUCUGGCGAGAAGCAUCACACGGUCCUUGGCGUUGAUAUCGAGCAGCAGGCACAUCUCUACAACCAAGAAGAAUCUCGUCGGAACCGAUAAAUAUAUAUAUGUAUAAUCCAACAGCGGGAGAGAAUUGCAUGAGAUACCGCCUCCUUUGAUCACUCAGGAACUGCGCCAAUUCUUCCCCUUUCUGGUUACGAAGCUGCUUGGGGAACUUCUGCAAGAACGUACCCAGAUCAAAAAACACAUACACUAUUUCCGUCUUUUUUUUUUUCUUUUUUUUUUUCUUUUUUUUUUAUAUUCCAUUAAAACGCUAUGUGGCGCUGGGUGUAGAAUACGUUUCUCGCUCUUACCUGAAUUUUAGUUAUGGAGUUUGUACCAGUUUAAAGCUUUUAAUAAAAUUAGGGUUUUUUUUUUUUUGUUUUGUUUUUUAAAUAACUUGAAUCAUUUAAAAGACUGAAGAAAACUUUUUCUUUUCUUGUUCCUUUCUCUGAUCUAUAUCUCCCAAAGAGAAGUGGAUUAUUUGCGCUGCUGAGUUGCCGAUUCCUCCCAACAAACACUACAGACUGCCUAACCUCCAGAAUCCAGGGUGCUGUAUGCAGAAAUAUUUGUACAGUGUCUUUCCUUAGUCAGGAUGUUGGGAGGAGGGGGGGUGGGGAUUUACAGACUAGGUUAAAAGUGUUUUCUCGCCAUUUUCACGGGAAAUGAGGUUCUCCGCUCUCCUCAAUACUGUUGCGGUGAAACAGCGACUUGAUAAUCAUUGAUGGACGUGAAAAAUGCAGCAGUGUGAAGUUUAGCGGCUGAGCCUGUGUCAUGAAAUGUUUCAGCUGUGGAUUGGCUCCUACAGUACAUGAAAACCGUGACUGGUAUUACAGAAGAAGCGAUCAGAUGUUUUAUACAUGCAAACCCGUUAUAUAUUGUGUUGUUCUCUAUGGCAACCUAAAUUAUCUAUGCAGCUAUGAUUACGGGGUAGGAGUUUGAGCGUUUUCAGAUAAUCUCUGUCGCGUAGUGAUGCAGCCCCUCACCUUCCUCCCCGGCUCUUGCUGCGCCGCCUUUCACAGUUGUACAAUGAGCUGGGCGCGUACAAAAAAACCCGCAAAUGAGCGUUGUGAUAAAUUGUCACUGGACGAUUUCUAGCCGGGAUCUGUCACUUGAAGAGUUGCAAUGGGUUCGUUGUUAUGCAGCCGACUUUAAACAGAUCUCGCUUUGUUUUUUUGUUUUUUUAUAUGUAAAAUAAAAAUGUAAUUCAUAA